GAGCAACCUGGGAUAGGGGAAGGUGUCCCUGCCCAUGGCAGGGGGUGGCAUUGAGAUGAGCUUUGAGGUCCCUUGAGCCCAAACCAGUCUGUGCUUCUGUGAACGCCCCAUCAAAGGAGGUAAAACUGGGGGGAUGAUUAGCCUGUGCUGCUCAUCUCCAGCUGGCGAGGCCAAGCUCCCUGGAGAGCAGCACGGAGGAGCAGGUGGGAUGGGGACACCCAGGAACGGCCCCUGGGAUGGUGACACGCGCUGGGUGGAGCUCAGGGCAUCAGCGGGGCCAAGAGCGGUGCCCAGGGGAACAAACAGGGACCGAGGCAGCAGGUGAGGGGAUCGGGGGGAGCUGCGCGGCGUGAGGGGGCUCAGGCCAGGCUGAUGGGUGCGUGUGGAGAGGGCUGAGGAGAAAAACGGGACCCGCUGCCGGUCCGGUCCCGGUCCCUGUCCCUGUCCCGGUCCCGGAUCCCGGGAGAACGCGCGCGGUGCCUGCUGGGAGUUGUAGUUCCCGGGAACUACCGCGCCCACCACGUGACCAGCGCCGGACCAAUCACAGCGGCCCCCGCGUCGCCGUGGCAACCGCCCAUAAACAAGAUGGUGGCAGGGGGGAGAUGCCAGGCUGUUUCCUAGGACAAGGAAUCCCUGCAAGGCACCCUCCACUCCUGCUCCAGGGGACAACACUGGAAAAGAACAUGGAAGGUGCAGCUCACGCUGACGUGGAGCUCGUGUCCUCUCUGGCAGAAAAAAUCUCUCUGUUGGAACAAAAAAUAGAGAAACAAGCACAGGAAAUCCAGCUGAAGGACGGGAGGAUUGCUGAACUCGAGGAGAAGAUAAAGGCUCUUCAAGAUGGAGAAGAUGCUUCUGACUCUUCCAUCACAGAGGAACUGGAAAUGAGGUGCCUCCAGCUGCAGAGCCAGGUCUGGGAGAUGGAGCGAUUCCUGAAUGAUUAUGGUCUGAUUUGGGUUGGAGAGGCACGGGACCAGCCGGAAGAUCCAGAAUCAGCCCAGGAGGAAGAGGAGCUGCCAGCAGGGAACCUCUGCAAGCCGGGUGGAGCCGUCCUUUGCAAACACCGGAUUGAUUUUGAUUUAAUCCUGGAGAACAUUAAGGAGUUGAACUCGCUGGUCGGAGAGGGCAUUUGUGAGAUCGAGCACACGGCCCGGGGGGCUCGGCUGAGGCUGCCAGAGCCGCUCCCUCUCACCCUGUACCAGAACGGGAUCGUCGUGGGCCAGGGAGCGUUCCGGCCCUACCAGCACCCGGCCACACAGCAAUGCCUGCAGGACAUCAUGGAUGGUUAUUUCCCCUCAGAGCUGCAGCCACGCUACCCCGACGGCGUCCCCUUGCAGGUCACUGACAGGAGGGACGUGGUGUUUCAGAAGCCAGACCCUCCAGAGAGCUUUCCUGGCCUUGGCCAGGUGGUGGGUACUUCAGAAUCCAGCAAAGUGCAGGAAAGCUCCAAGAUCCCAGCAGGUCCCAAAGCCUCCUCGGAGCAGGUUCCCAACAAACUUCCCAAGGCCCUGAGGCACAGAGGGAGAGCGGGCAGUGCCCGAGGCGCGGCCGGAGCGGCGCCGCAGGGCUCUGAGGGGCAGCAAAGCAGCAAAGAAAUCCUGGUGGAAGCACCUGGGGUGGCUGCCCUGGAGAGGUACAGGGUGAAGCCAGCUGAGGAGGCUGCAGCUCCUGGCCCUGAGUUCUGCGCUCUGCGCAUCAGAUCCGAGAGCGGGGAGCAGACGUACGAGCUGAGGAUGCUGCUCACGGACACCAUCGGGGACCUGCGCCGGCACCUCGCCCACAUCAGGGGUGGAAACUCGGACUAUGAGAUCAUCAGCACCUUUCCCCAGAGGGUGUACACGGACAACUCCAGGAGCCUGCAGGAAUGUGGGCUGGUCCCCAGGGCCGCGCUGCUGCUCCGGAGGAGAGAGCCCUCCCCGCAGGAGGGGAGGGGGCUGCAAACAGCCUGAGAGCUCCUCAGCCCCAGCUCUGCACGGGGAAGGAGCUGCCUCUCACCUUACCCAACCUGCCCUGGCUGGGAGAGGUUUUCUUUCCAGAUUUAGUUUCACCGUGCCAUUACCUGGGAUGGAGAAGAGCUGGGGGGGCCAGGCCCAGUCCUGCUGCCCCACAGCACAGCUGGGUCCCAACACAGGGACUCCAGGCCUGGCUCCUCAUCUCUGUGCAGGGUCACACACAGACAACCCCUGCCCAGGGGAGCCUGCCAGCUUCACCCCGGCACUGGGCAGCUGCUCAGCUGGGCUCAGGGACACACAGCCAGGGCCAGUUUGCUUCCUACACACGGCUGCUCCCUACAGAUUCCACCUGCACUGACACCAGGGGACAAAUAGGCUCAGUCCCACGGGCUGUGCUGGAGCUAAACCUGAAGGCCCUGAGCCAUUGCAGGGCUGGGGCUGAGCCAGGCCUGACUCGGGAGAUCCUGCUGGGCUUCCUGUACGUGCAAACUCCUUCCCUUGGACAGCCCCAGCUGCAGCGGGGCCCAGGCUCCAGCCUGCCUGGAGGAACCCGCCCUCCUCCUCCUCCUCCUCCUCCCUGGCGGCGCUGGAUGCUGCAACAGGACACCGUGUCAUUGGAGACAGCACAAUCCCUCCUCGCCGUCUCUGCCGAACCCUGAAUGAAGCAUCUUCCUCCCUCUCCCGCGGGCUGGGGCUGCACUUUUCCCUUUCCCUUUCCCCAGCACAUUCUUCCCAUUCCAGCUGUGACAAGCUCUCACUUGACUCCCAGCUGACAACACCCACUCAGGCGAGGCAGGGCCUCCUGGCAGCCUCCCUCCUCGCAGACCCAGCCCUCAUUAAAGGCUCCCAGUAAAACCCUUUAUCUCAGCUGCAAUUUCCACUUCCUUAGAUUUCAAAGGCACGGUUGCUGUGGAAGCUCAGGGUGCCCAGAGCUCUUCCCAGACCCCUCUGACCAAAGCUGCACAAGUCAAACACAGGAAGCAAAAUCAGCUGCUGCCACAGCUCCCCCUGAGCAGUGACUCAACGCACAGCUCCCGCUCAGCUUCCUCCUUUUCCCACCUGUAGCAGACUCGGGAGCAGCUGUUUCCCUGCCCCUCUGUAUCCUGGUCUGGGCAAUCUUUGUGCCAAGGGUUUGUUCCUCACUCCCACGCCGGGCUGAGGCUGUCCCUGCCCCAGGCUGAGGCUGUCCCUGCUCUGACUGUCACUGUCACCACGCAGAGGACAGGAGUGCUCUGGUGGCUGUCGCUGCUGCGCCGCAGGACAUUCAGACACGUCCUGUGAGCCCUGAUCAGCAGCAGCAAUUUAAGGUGUUAAGAUCUUUGUGUCAGGCUGCAACAGCACGUACAACCCACUCAGCUUCUCAGCUGGAAAUGACUCACAAUCCUUAGGGAGGGUGAUGUUUAACCUGUAGCCAAAAUAAAGCCGAAUUUAAAAGGAACGCAAGAGUGGCGCUGUGAAAGGUACAGUAACAUUUAAUAGCAUCUCGGAAGACAACACCGGUUAUAAACUCGCUUUUUGGCAGGAAAACAAAAUGCACUUGGUCCAGGAUUGCAAAAAAGCCAACUCCAAGAGGAAAGAUUGGACAGCUGGAGCAUCAGCUGUUCUGGGGCAGCCCUGAGCCAUUAAUGCUCACAAGGGAGCCUGGUCAGGGUGGGGGCAGCCAGAGCAGCACAGAUCCCACUCCAGCCCCACCCAUUCCCCAGGCAGCCUUCGCCCCCAGCUCCACCGUGGUGGGCACUCAGACCCCAAUUCUGUGCAGUAUUUUUGCAUUAAAUUAAGACAAACAAAAAACAACCCAACCCUGUACUUAGUUGCCAUAAUCUCUGCAGCUGAGAUGAAGAGGGGGAAAAGAAGAGAAGAAAAAAAAAGGAAG